AUGGAAGGUGAACAAAUUGAUGCUAUUGUUAGAUGGUUAGCUGUUUUUGGAGAAGGAGAUAACGCAUUUGUCGAUAAUCCUACUCUUCUUCUUGACGGCCAAGUUUUAGCUAAAGUUUACAACACAUUGGACGGCGGAAAUGACCCAAUUAACAUUAACAUGCUCAAACAAAUUUCGAACUUAGAUGACUGGGUUUCAAUUCUUCUUAAUAUGCGUCAAAUAUCAGGAAAAGUAAUGAAUGCGAUCAAACCAAACGAUUUAAGCAUAGAUCCAACAGCUUUAGCCAAAAAGAAGGAUCAAGGUGAACUCUUGAAGCUAUUAAAGUGUUUUAUAUUCUAUUCACUUAAAUCUACCAACAAAAAGAUUUCAAUCCAAAACAUUCGCUCAUUAGAUAAAUCAAUCCAAUCCGUAAUCCAAUCCAUUAUCCAAGAAUUUACCGCAAAAACCGAAACCGAAGCUCCAUCAUCGCCAGUUCCUCAAACUCCUCCAUCAUCUCCUGCAAAACCAUCAGCUCCAGCCGAUGACGGCUCUGCGGAGAAGAUUGCUGCUCUCGACAAAGAGAUACAAGAGCUUACAGCCAGAAAAUCCCAAGUUGACAAAGAAAUCGAGCAAGCAGAAAGACAAUUACAAAUUCAAGCCGCUCCUGGCAAAUCCGAAGAGCUCCUUAACGAUGCAAAGCGUCGCCACCAGACAGCUAAAGACAAACUCGAGAAAUUACGUAAAAAACUCGAAGAAACAGAGGAGACAUUAAAUGCAUCUCGCGGAGAACUCGAUGAACUUCGCAAACAGAAGCAGAAACUCCUCAAUCCAGACCAAGUACAGACUCCCGAGAGAUCCAACACAGAACUCAAGCAGCAACUCGAGAAAUUACAAAGAGAAAUCAUCGCAGAUUUGUCAAACGAUACAAAAACCGCCGCUUUGAUUGAAAGGAAUCCUCCUAAGACGAAUGAUGAUUACAUCAAUCUCCUUAACAUCAGAGCCCUUGAAACAGAGUAUUCCGCGCUUACAAAAGAGCUGCAAUCGAUGCAAACACAAGAAAAACUUCAUGAAGCGGAAUUAACAGCUUUGAGUCAGAAUUUGAACAACCAAAACAAGAAAGCUGCUUUAACAUUGAAGAAGAGGAUACAGCAGCUCAACGCGGAGAUAGAUCAGUCACCAAUUGGAGAGGCAAAGAGAAUGUCAAUGAAAUAUUUGAGAGUCAUCAAAAAAUUGGAAUGUGAAGUGGAAAAUUUGGCUGCAAAUUGCAGCGACAUGGAAGUUGAGGAACUCACAAAGCAGCUGCAGAUAAUGGCUGCAAGGAAGGCAACAGAAGGAGACUUGUUGGCAAGGAAACAAGCUUUCAUGCAGGCAACUGCUGAACAAUGCGAUGUGAGGCUGCAAAGACUGAAAUUAAAUGUGGAUUUGAUGAUGCACUCAGCCAGAAUUACAAGGUGGAAGAACUGCUUCCAGACUCCUCAACAACAACAGUCACAAAAAUAA